AUGAAUUGUCUUUCAUGGAAUAUCAGAGGGAUUGGGAAGGGGGAAAAAUCUCUAUCCAUCAGAGGUCUGGUGAAAAAAGAAAAAAUUUCAUUUAUGGGAUUGAUAGAAACAAAGCACCGGAAUCCGUUCCAAAACAGAAUUAGAAGACUCUGGGGUAACGAUGAAUAUGAUUUCUGUGAAAUUAUGGCCUCUGACACACAUGCAGGGGGAAUCAUUGCAAUAUGGGAUACACAAUCUUUUCAGGCAUCUACAAAACAUAUCGGGAGCAGAUGGAUUAUAAUUGAAGGGCACAUUAUUAACCAUAACUUUGAAUGCUGCAUUGGGGUAGUAUAUGGAAAUAAUGAUAGGGUGAAUAGAAGAGCUAUGUUUGUUGAACUCAAAGAGAAGAUGGGGAAUAUCAACAAACCUUUCUUGAUGCUCGGAGAUUUCAAUGUCACAUUACACUCAGGGGAAAGAACUGGAACUGUCAUAUGUAACCGCAGCAUGAGGGAUUUCUCAAAAUGGAUAAAUGAUUUAAGUUUGAUUGAUAUCCCACUACAGGGCGUGAAAUUUACCUGGAGAAGAAAUGAAUCAAAAAGCAAGCUAGACAGAGCCCUAUGCAGCCACGAAUGGUUCACAAAAUUCCCAAACAUGAAUCUAUUGGGGCUAAGCAGCAGCUUUUCAGAUCAUAACCCAAUUCUUCUUCAAUUGGUACAGUGCAUUAACUGGGGACCAAAACCAUUCAGAUGCUAUGAUGCCUGGUUCUAUCACCCAGAGUUUAAAAGCUACAUCACCAAUGAGUGGCGCAAUGCUCCGAAUGUCUCACUACAUAUAAAAAUGAAAAUUCUCAAAUCCCCAAUUAGAACAUGGCGAAAAGGAAACUUUGAUCUCAUGGAAAAUAAAAUUGCAGACCUUGAAGUGGUGAUAUUAGAGCUGGAAAAAAAGGGGGAACAAUCCCAACUAGAUAACAUGGAAGUGGCGAGACUCAACGCUGCACAAAAUACUCUCCAGCAAUGGCUUAUCAGAAGAGAAAGAGUUUGGAGGCAAAGAGCUCGAUCCUAUGGGUUCAAUGGAAAAGACCACAAUACAAAAUUUUUCCAUGCAGCAGCAAAUUUCAAGAGAAAGCAAAAAGAAUUCAUCCAAAUUAAAAUCAAUGAUAGAAUCAUUGUUGGGAAGGAAAAUCUCAAGGAAGAAGUUCGAGGUUUCUUCGUCAAUAGAUUCAAACAGGCGUAA